GCUCAUCAGUGUCCACUCCCACUGGUCGUUGUCUCCACAAAUCCGCGUCAUUUGCAGCCAAAACCCUCGCCGUCUCGUCUCCCCUCUCCCCCCGUCCCCGUCGCCCUCCCGUGAGAGCAGGUCCGAUUCAAUUCGAUUCGAGGCGCCGCGGCCGGAAGGAAUUUCUCGAGCCGACCGGAGGAGGAAGCCCUACGCAGAUCGGCGAUGGCGACGCACCCGGCCUCCCCGACCGCCGGCGCUGGUGGCGACAGGUCGCCGUCCGGUCCGCCGCCGGUGCGCCUGUCCGCGGCGCAGGCGGUGGCGGCGAUCCAGCCCACCUCGCCGCGGUACUUCUUCUCCUCGCUGGCCGCCGCCUCCGCCGCGGCGUCCUCCCCGCACCGCCGCAUCGGCAUCGCCGUCGACCUCUCCGACGAGUCCGCCUUCGCCGUCAAGUGGGCCGUCCAGAACUACCUCCGCCCCGGGGACGCCGUCGUGCUGCUCCACGUCCGCCCCACCUCCGUGCUCUACGGCGCCGACUGGGGCUCCAUCCCGGUCUCCGUCGACGACGACCCCGACGCCGACAUCGCCGAGGGCGCGGCGCGCGCCGCGGCCGCCGAGGAGGAGCCCGAGGAGGCCAAGAAGAAGCGGGAGGAGGAGUUCGACGCCUUCACGUCCACCAAGGCGCAGGACCUUGCGCAGCCGCUCGUCGGCGCGCAGAUCCCCUUUAAGAUCCACAUCGUCAAAGACCACGACAUGAAGGAGCGCCUCUGCCUCGAGGCCGAGCGCCUCGGCCUGUCCGCCAUGAUCAUGGGCAGCCGGGGAUUCGGUGCCUCGCGCAGGGCCGGGAAAGGGAGGCUCGGGAGCGUCAGUGACUACUGCGUGCACCACUGCGUCUGCCCCGUUGUGGUUGUUCGCUACCCAGAUGAUGCCUUCGGGGAUGAGCUGCGAACAGUGCCUGAAAAUGAGCCUGUGUAUCAUGAGGCGCCGGAGGCGCAGAAAGAAAAAUGAGGCAAGUGCAGGGGCGGCUAGGCGGCGAGAGGGAGCAAGCAGAGGCCUUCUUUACGUUAUGUCAGCCAGCCCUAGUGUAACACGAGUGCCCUCUUCCGUGGCCACUCGGCUCUGCAACUCUGCGUUGCGUUUGUACCAGAAUCUGUAGAUCAUGGACGAGUCCCCGCUGUUUUGCUUCAUGACGUGUCAUGUGUGUUGGUAAAACGAAGACAAAUGUUUCUGCGUA